AUGAAGUACAUAGACUCCAUUGACCUGGAGCAGAUCACCAAAACUGAGGACCCUGUGAAAUUCCACAAAGCUUGGCAGAAGCUGUGCACAGCCGAUGGUGUUCUCGUGCCUGGAGGCUUUGGAAUCAGGGGAACACUGGGAAAACUUCAGGCGAUUUCGUGGGCAAGGACAAAGAAGAUCCCAUUUCUGGGAGUGUGCCUCGGGAUGCAACUAGCAGUGAUAGAGUUUGCAAGAAACUGCCUUAACUUGAAAGAUGCUAAUUCCACAGAAUUUGAGCCAAAUGCCCCAGUUCCUUUGAGCUCGCUGUGCAUGGUCAUGAUUGGCCUGUAG